UCGCCUUAAGAAGAGAGAAUUUGUCUUUUGGGAAUCUGUGUGCUCAAUAUUCCGGAAUUCUUGAAUUAAUGAAUCUGGCGCCAAGAAUGAUGACUGCGGUUUCACAGAUGUCGGUUCCAAGCAGUCGAAUUCUAUUGGAUGUUGAUUGUAGAGUCUGUGAAGAUCAUUCGUCGGGGAAGCAUUACAGUAUUUUUUCCUGCGACGGGUGUGCUGGAUUCUUUAAACGUUCAAUCCGUCGUCAUCGUCAAUACGUGUGCAAAAACAAAGGCAGUCCAUCCGAAGGACAAUGCAAAGUGGACAAAACACACCGCAACCAGUGCAGAGCUUGCCGACUAAGAAAGUGUCUGGAAAUUGGGAUGAACAAAGAUGCUGUCCAACAUGAGAGAGGGCCUCGUAACUCAAGUUUAAGACGACAACAGAUGAUGUUCGAUCAUGGAUCCUCUCCUAAUUCGCCGGAAAUGGGAUCAGAAAGUGAUGCAAUAAUUCUUCCGACAUCAUCAAUGAAUCGUGACACAGUGGCCGGUACUGCUGCUCGAAUCUUUUUUGCACUUGUUGGAUUUUGUCAGAAUCCUUUGAAUGGAGUACCUAAAGAACGGCAAAUGACAAUGUUUCAACAAAAUUGGGCAGCACUUCUUGUUCUCCAUGCAACUGAAACACGUGCCAUAACUUCUAAGCAAAUAAGGACUGAGACGAUAUCCGGUAGCUCAGAGCAAAGAAAUGCGGUUGCUAACGCGUUUGAAAUAAUUGAACGUUUACAAUUGGAUAAUAGAGAAUACAUGAUGUUGAAACAUUUCACAAUGUGGAGAGAUACACCAAGUGCAAUUCAAAUUGUCUUUCAGUUAGCAUCUAUUCAGAAUUUCACACAUAGAACCGAACCGACGAGAUAUAUCCAAUGUAUAAAUGCAAUUGCCGCUAUUCCAACAACUUCAAUAAUUGAUGUUCUAUUCCGCCCUUCAAUUGGAUCAGCUUCAAUGCCAAGACUUAUUCAAGACAUGUUCAAGCCACCACAACAACCCACUCCUACGUCACUGUUUCCAAUGGCAAACUUCAAUUUGAACUUUCUAUUAAAACAAGAAAAAACCGAAACUGAAGAGGGUGAAGAUAUUGAAGAAGAGGAUGAUGCGACGAGUAGCAAUCAAUUUGAUGAAAAUUCUUCUACUGAUGAUAGAUCUGUCGGAGAACUGGAUCCCGUUCAACUUUUCUUGGCUCUUAAUUCCUCAACUCAGCCUUCAUCGGCAUCAUCCCCUUCCUCUUCAAGACCACGUCAUUCGAUUCGAUCAAUAACUGAAUUAUUAUCAAUUCAAGAAGAAGAGAGUGUUAAUGUUGAAGAGGUUUAGAUAGUAAAUUCAUGUUUCAUAUACAGUAACUCAAUUAUUCUAAGUAUCUCUUUUCAUUGUCUUUUUCACUCCGUUUCUUGCCUCGCCCGGAUUUUCAUUGGAUUUUGAUUUAUACUUUCAAAAUUUCAUUUUUCAAUUGUAAAUUUUUAAUUUAAAUUUAGAGAAAAAAAAUGGUAAGCUUUAAAACUAAUUUAUUAUUUUCUGAUUUAUAUUGUGAACAGAUGAAUAAAACGUUUACAACAAUGGCAA